AUGGAAAAAACCAAUGGAGUGUACAUUAUUCUUUUCAACACAGUUUUGCUGCUUAUGGUAGAGCUGGUUGCGCUGAAAAAAAGCAAGGCAGUCUCCAUUCUGGGGGAAGUCCUGCACAUGGCAGGGGACUUGCUCACGGUGGGAGUGGGCCUUGCUGCGUCUUUUAUUUCGUCAAAGUACACGGGCGGAAAAAGGUACACGUUUGGCCUUGCCAGAGUGGAGGUUUUGGGCGCCGCAGUGUCGCUUGUUCUUGUGUGGGCGCCUUCUGUGUAUCUGGUGUACCUUUCUGUUGGGAGAUACCUGAACCCGAAACCCAUCAGCAGAGAAGUUCUUCUGGUCACAGCUUUUAUUUCUUUAUUGAUCAAUCUGGUGAACUUCAUCAUUUCCGUCCGGAUGCAGAAGAGGUCUGGAAGCGACAUGAGCAUCAGCUCUAUAUAUGUGCAUGCGCUAACAGAUCUUAUGCAGUGCAUGGGGCUGUUUGUCAGCGGGAUAGCUUUGUACAUUGACCCGUCUCUGAUCGUGUUUGACUUGCUGGCAGCCUGUCUGUCAACGAUCAUUUGCUUCUACGGGUCGCUGGGGCUGGCAAAGGAAAUUGCAAUGAUGUUCCUGGAUGCGUCUCCUGUUGACGUGGAGAGUGUCAGAAGCCGGCUUCUCCAAGUGAGCAGCGUCAAAGACGUCAGCGACCUGCGCAUAUGGUGCACAAACAGGAACAGCCGCAUGGCCAUGGUGGGCAUAGACGUGUUUGAAAAUGCAUCGGCAAAGAAUGCUCUGUAUGAGUGUAAAGAAAUACUGGCUAGAGAGUACCACAUAGGCACAUCGUGCAUUGAGGUCCGCUGCGAAUAG